UCCCUUUUUUUUUUUUAGUCGGCCGACAGCUGUCUGGGAUUUCAUUAAAGGUAAAACCAGACUCCAAACCUGAUGUCAGUCCACGGUGGGAAACGUCGAUUUAUCAUAAUGGAAAUCCCUCUUUUGAGUGCCUGACGGAGACAUUUAAAUCGGAAUGCAGUCGGCUACGGCGGACCAAGGCUAUGGUGACUCGGGGGGUUCAUCCACUGGCUCAGAGGUGCAGGUGUGCUUCCCCAGUGUGCAGGCCUCAGUGCUGGACAGCCUGAAUCGGCAGCGUGAAGAAGGCCAUCUCUGCGACCUCUCCAUCCACGUUCAGGGCCAGGUGUUCAAGGCCCAUCGGUGUGUGCUGGCUGCAUCGUCACCUUACUUCCAUGACCAGGUGCUGUUGAAGAACAUGUCCACUGUCUCCAUCCCGGCCGUCAUGGACCCCCUGGCCUUUGAGAGCGUCCUCAGUUGCGCGUACACCGGCCAGCUGCGAAUGCUUCGCGAAGACAUCAUUAACUACCUCACCGUUGGCAGUGUGCUUCAAAUGUGGCACAUUGUGGACAAAUGCACUGAGCUCCUCAAAGAGGGCAGGGGAGGUUCCAGUGGAACUCAGGGAUCCAGAGAUAAGGAGAGCGGCAGCACCAACAAGGUCUCCCAAGAGGACGGAGGAGACACACCUUCGACUCCUCAACCUCCCAGCCGACCUUCCUUCAACGAGAGCCAGUCCCCAAGCAGCACCAAUUACUUCAGUCCUAGAGACGCAAACUUUGGCGGGGCGAUGGUGACCACUGGAGCAGUAGGAGAGGGUGCUAUACACUCCACACCGACCUACUGCAUGCCCUCCGGCGGAGAGGAAGGGUUCAUGAUUGACGAAGAUGAAGAAGAUGACGACGAGCUCUUGUUUCACAGGAAGAGAGACCAAAGAGGCAAGCAGAAGUGUGCAGCCUCUGCAUCCGAUCAGGAGGUCGGGGUGAGCGAUAGUUUUGGAGUUUCGUCAUAUCAAGAUGGAGAUUCCUCACCACCGCAGAAGCGGCCAUCGUACAGUCAGCCGAGCAUCAUGCCAAGAAAACAGUGGGUGGUGGUAAAGACGGAGCACUCGAGAGACAAUGAUCUGAUCGUGGUGUCCGGAGGAGAGGAAGGAGGGGAGGAUGAAGAGGAACGAGAGAUGGAGAUGGUCAGGGUGAGGGACAGGACAUUUAACAUAUCAAAUGUUAGGACCCUCUCUGGACUCAGAGAAGAUGCUGAAAUGGAGGCACAGGCUGACUAUUGCCAGUCCUCGGAAGACUACCUCAAAUUUGAGAGGGGUUUGAUCGACCAGACGUCCUCUCAACACCCUCCUGAGAAUCCCAGUCAAUGCUCCAGUAGGACCGUGUCCACCCGGCUCGGCUCGGUUCAGUCGACGGCCCCCAGAGCUCAGCUCUUCCCUCUGGACAUGCAGGGAAACCAGAUCGUCCUGUAUAAUCAAGCCGCCCUAGAGUCGACUUCUCCAUUAGGACUCGCAGGAGGCAUGUCCGGGGUGUCUCUAAAAGGGAGCCUUGAACACGGGGAAGUACACUUACCUGGCCAUAGUGCAAUGGGUAGCGGGAUGGAAGGAUUAGAUGGCGGCACAGCUGGAAACUCAGGCAAGGUCUUCAUGUGUCAUUGUGGGAAGACGUUCACGCACAAGAGCAUGCGGGACCGGCACAUCAACAUGCACCUGGACCUGCGGCCCUUCCACUGCCCCGUCUGCGCCAAGAAGUUCAAAAUGAAACAUCACCUCACUGAGCACAUGAAGACCCACACUGGUCUGAAACCCUAUGACUGCCACGGCUGCGGGAAGAAGUUCAUGUGGCGCGACAGCUUCAUGAGGCAUCGCUCGCAUUGCGAGAGGCGUGGCAGGGCCAAUGGAAGACCGGGAUCCGAAGGGUCGGUCAUCUCUCCUCCACAUCACAUGAAUCUCUCGUCAGCCAACGAGACCAAUCAAGGUAGCAGUGGUGCCAGAAGUGGGAUCCCCGUUUUGUCUCCGCAACAUUCCAUGAGCAGCAAUGGUGUCUCUUGUCUCAAUAUGGCCACCUCUGGGUCGCAUGGCCUUGGUUCUGGUGUUCUGGGCAUUGGCGGCAAUCAUAGCGGUUAUGUGGAAGAAGUCUGUGAGGGAAAUGUUGAUGAAAGCAGCGUAACAUAAGAAGUUUGCCUCUGAGACCACCAUCCCGCAAAACCAGAACACUUGUCUUUGGUUUUAGGGGACUAUGUGCUCAGUUGUCUGAUUCUUUACCUCAUGUUGGUGAGUGCGCCAUACAAGAUGUCCCAUUUGUGUUGGAUAAUAAAAUAAUACCAAUGACCAAAUGCCCAUUGCUAGCUCACGUCAAUGCUGACUGUCGAAACCAAAUCCCGGCCAGGAAUAUGUAUUAGUCGCCAUCACAUUCACGCUGCCUCACUAGCACAGAAGAUUGCUCUGAAGUGCCAUUCUGAUAUUAUGUUGUACGAUAUUAUGUUCUAGAGUUGUACAUUACUGCAACUCAUUUGGUCUAUUCUUGAUGUGAAGUUUUAUUGUACUGUCACCCAACUAUAUACAGUAUAUUCACACUCAAAGGUUUUAAUUUCCUGAAUAGGAGACAAGAAUAUAACUGCACUUUGGUGUCUUGAGGCCCAUUCACACCAAUAACAAUAACUAAUAUCUACCAUAACUAAUUCGUAAAAAUGUUGAUAAUCAUAAAGGCUUGUUUCCAAAAGGGGACGAUAAAUAUAAAUGUCCGUUCACACAAUGGACAAUAACUAUGAAGACUUAUUCACAAAAAAAAAAAGAAUGAUAACUAUAACCAUAACUAUUAAGACUUGUUCACAAAAAAAGGAUAACUAUAAAGACUUAAUAAUGAAAAUGAUAAAGGCCUGUUCACACAAAGGACAAUAACUGUAAAAAAAUAACUAAAGUUUCAGCUGACGAACAAUAAAACUAAAAGAAUUGUCUUAUAAUACGCAUUUAUUUUAACCUUACUUGCUCAACUACUCCCAAACGAUUUGUUUAAUGAUGAAUUUUUCCAAACCCCUCCUUUGUGUGAUGCUAAUCUGCGGUGAUUGGUCUGAUUUUCAUUACAUCAUGCCUGUAAUGCCUGAUAAAGCAGUGUUUGUGAGCACAGUGCUGCUUUGUGUACAGUGUUACCAGGGAAACCGAUAUUUUUAUUGUUCCAAAAGAAGCACCUAGUGGCAAAGAAUGGAUUUGCAUUUUCAUUCAGACCAAUGCGAAAAGACCAACAAGUGGGUGGGAAAUAUGCUAAUAUUUCAUGUUGAUGUCAACAUGAAAGGGCUUGGGAUUCUUUUUAGAAAUUACUCGUUUCAAUGUUUCAGAGUCGACUCCUUAUACACAGUACACUGUCAGAUAUAAAACUUUGCAGGAUGUUUUCAUUCAUUUAGAGCUGCAUUACACGCUGCAUGAAAGGUCAUUUUCAAAAAUCCUUAAUGGAACACUUUAAUAAUCAUUCUAUGAGAAUAGAUAAGUCCAAAACAUAACUUUAAUCAUAACAGCACAGAGGAACAUUUUCCUUCUAGCUGAUCAAGAAAGAAACGAUGACAGACUAUAAGAAAGAGCUUGAGCAUUUAAAGUGGCAGAUGUAAUAUAUAUAUAAUUCUUGGUGUGAACAGGCCUUAUCUGCUUGAAAUGCAGGGAAAUGUAGGGGUUUGUAGGCAGUUGGAUCACUAAAUGAAUCAACUUCAGUGCAUUUUGGCUUUACAGUAUGUCCUUUUACCCAGAAAACCACCAUAAACAUUGAGGGUGACGCAUCCUCCUCAAUACUGGUCAACAGUCAAGCACCUAGCAUUCAACUACUGAACUCCUGCAGUGUUUUAGAUGUAGCUUAUAGUGUACCAGAAGUGAUAGUUUACAUGUUUGCCUUCCAUGAAGGCCGAGGCCUGGUUGGCGAAUGGAUGGACCAAAUUAACGUCUGUAAUGCCAAGAACGUUUAAGACAUGAAGAUGAAUCAGUGGAUCCUGACUGGGAUCGAUCAAGACUUGUGUUUUAAUCACCUGUGUGGAUGUUUGGAUAUGUAAAUACAGUGAUCAGUAGUUGCCUUGUACCACACAUGCACCACAAAAACCAUAUACCUCAAACAUUUGCGCAACUAAUCAAUACAUUACAAUAAAUAAACUGGGCUCUGAAGAGCUGAAAGCAAUCACAUAUCCACACAUUCUUAUUCCUUUUAAAUCAAAACGGUGUGGUGUGUAUUUAAGAUUAAUGAGCACAAAUGAAGUGUGAACAAUUAUUUGGAAUAUAAAAAAUAACCAGUAGGUAAACGCAUGAUUCAGUGCUCGCUUGAUGAGUAAUCUGGUUCGAGAUCUGUAUUUUGUACUGAUAAAUAAAAUGUCUACAACUGUUUAGGUGAAUCUGAACUGAAUAUGCGACGGGCGAUAUGAGACCAAGCAUCUUCCUGAUGUGGACAAUAGUUUCAAAGGAUUCAAGAUUUUCAAAUGAAAGAAAUAAAGUACCGUCAGCAGCUAUUGGCACUAAGUGUAAAUAGCAUAUUUUCUUAGCGAUAGAUGCCAUUUACACUAAGUGCAAAUACUAGCAUUUUUUAGGAAUAUGCUAUUUACACUAAGUGCUUAAGAUUCUUUUUACACUGUUAAAAUUUUACUACUUACUGCAAAUUGUGGCAAUUAUCUGCAACUCAGUAUUGUGGUACAUCGUAAAUACCGUAUACAAUUAACUAAUUGAGUGUAAAUUUUAAUUGGAUGCCACCUUAUUGGGACAAUAAAGCCCUCCCUACACCUAUUCCAACCCUACCCGAUUCUUCAUUUUCAUUGAAAAUAAAUGGAUUUGAACCCAGUUUGAUCGUGUCAAAAUAAAUGUUUUACGAUCUUCGCCACUAGAGCUGAUAACUGUUGGUUGUCUUUUGGUGGGUGGAGUUAGUGUAAAUAGACACUCCGUAAAGUACCUUGUGCACAAAUUAUGAUUUAUUUUUGUUUUAUUCAUGUUUGCAAGCUCGAACUGAGGAGUUGAAUGUUUU